AUGCUGGCCACCUGCUGGACCCAGACGGCGCCCCAGAGCCCGACCAUACCGGCAAGGGUGAUGAACAUAGACACGCAGGCCAUAUUGGACACCGGCAGCGUGGUCACCCUCCUCCGCCCCGACUUGGCGGGAGGGAGGGAGGGGGAUCCCAUGGACGUGGCCUGCGUGCAUGGGGACAUACGGACCUACAAGACAUGCCAUGUGGUAGUACAGAGAACCUCCCCGUCGGGGGCGAGGAGAGCUCGGCAGGCGUACGGGGCCACACGGCGCCCGUCGUCCCUCAGGGAAUCGACGGCAGAGGACCAGGAGUCCGAGGGAGACGGACCCUCCCAACCCGGAUCACCGGGACCCCAACCCGGCACCCCGGACACCCUCACAGCGUCCGAGCAACCCAACCCCCGGAAGACCCGGAGAGCUCCCCCUCACCGAGUUUUCCGAUUUCCUUCCGGAGAAGGAGGUAGGCCCGGCCCGACCAGGACAGUUCGCCAGCGCCCAGCUCCAAGACGAGGCCCUGAAACACGCUUGGAGCCAUGUGGUGGCCCACGACGGUCAGGCCCGGGACUCGUGCACACGGACGCCUCGGAGGUCGGGCUGGGGGGAGUCCUGUCCCAGGUCCGGGCAGGAGAGGAGCACCCCAUCAUGUACAUCAGCCGGAGACUACUGCCGAAUGAGAGAAACUACUCGACGGUAGAAAAAGAGGCCCUGGCCAUCAAGUGGAGCCUCGACAAACUGAGAUACUACCUCCUAGGGCGGGAGUUCACUCUGGUCACCGACCACGCGCCACUAAAAUGGAUGGCAGGCGCCAAAAACACGAACGCCCGAGUGACACGAUGGUUCCUGGCCCUACAGGACUUCAGAUUCAAGGUGGACCACCGACCGGGCCGAGAGCACGCCAACGCCGACGCCCUGUCACGACGGGACGCUUGCCUGGGGGGAUUCCCCGGCUACCGGAGGCCUGAGCAAACGGUGGGGGAGUGUGGCAUCCCGCCCCUUAAACCUCGGCCCGGACGGGCCCGAGGGUUCGUGUUGGAUGGCACAUACCACCGCCAUCCACCAGCCGGCGACAAAGAGCCUCCCCGAGGGCGCACUAACGAACGAGAGUGGAAACAGCUGGCGGGGAGAGGACAGGAACCGGAAGCCCCGAUAUAA